AGCGUAACAUGUGUAAAUGCUGAAGAGACAGAGUCAGAGGGAAGGAGAUGAGUCGUUGCUUUGCUUGCUUCGGGGUGUCUGAAGAGAAUAAACGGAGAAAACAGGAAGAAGAUCACUUGGCCUCUCAAGAAGCUCGAGCCAAAGCAGCCGAAGCCGCAAUGCGAAGGCAAGAGCAAUUUGAGAAAUCUGCUGCAGGAAGAGCUGCACGUAAACAGAAAUUAGCAGAAGGAAAUGCAAAGAAAUCUACCACCUCCAACAGAGGGGAACCAGUUCUUAAGUGGCAGAUGGGAUGAUGCUUAGACUUUUGGCUGUCCAAUUGUAACUGUUUAUUAAUUUAUUAAAUCAUUCAAAUAUAGCGUGAGCUGUUUUAUUUUGUUUGAAGGAGCACCCAUUUGAAGAUGUCUAAAGCAAAUGUUCCUCGCGGCAAAUAAAUUGUAACCCACUGUAAAUCUCUCUUUUCUAUUUUGUGUCCUCCCACUGUAAGUAUUUCUAGGCACUUUAAGCCCAUGUCAGAUGCCAAGGGCUUGUUAUGUAAUCUCUUUGCCUUCUGAGGACUGUGGAAUAUAAAGUUGAAGUUGUAGAUUUUUA